AUGGCGGAUUUUCACAUUAGGCGACAGUCGCCUGCCUGCCUCGAUCAAGAAAAUGAUGCCUGGGAGCCAACUUGUUGGUUUUGUCCGUAAAGGGCAGUGGAUGCUAGUGAAUGGCUUUCUCAGGGACCCGGAAGAACUAUUGUCUAUCACUUCAAGAGUUCUUGGCUCGUGCCCAAAUUCCUGAUUUCAAAAUUCGAUAAGCAGUCGGGGAAUCUAUAUGUUGUCUACAACAUCAGGAAUUUAUAUUAUUUGAUUUGUUUGAGUGUUUGAUUUUGAGAUUAAGGAAAUUAAAAAAAAAAAAACGCUUUGCAAAAGAAGAGUCCAGUUCCUACAGUAACCUGCGAUUUUUCGGGUCUAAGUUCAGUAUUUUUUGACUCUGUUAUUUUAUGUUUGAUAAUUUGAGGUUUAUUUAAUCAUGAGAAGCAAAACCUUCAGUAAUCAAAUUUUUUUCUUGUCAGCAACCAAAAAAUUUUCAAAGAUCACUGGAUUGAGCAGCUUAAUUUUUGUCCUGAUCGAUAAAAUAUCGAGACUUUUACAGUAACCUUGUUGGAAGGAAGCCAAAAAAUCAGCAGAAAGUAGAGUGGAAUAUUCGGAAGGGCAUCAAUUGUUUACGCCUUCUCGCACUGUCUUAUUUUUCGGCCGCCGCUCAAAAUGAGGCGUUUUAUUGUUAUGCUGCGAUUUUUUUGAGUUUUGGAAUAAUGGAUUUUGUAUUUCUUUUUAUUUUCAGUUACAACCGAAAUUCAAUUUUAGGUUUUGAAAUUUGUAUUCAUCUAAGGCUGUUUUUAAUAUCUCGCUUUGAUAAGGUUCAGAAGCUUAUUUCAGACGGCGAGUAGGUAGAAAAUUUUCCUUUUCGGUGAAGAAUUUUUAAGUUUCAGCUUUGGUAUUGAUUGGAAUGGAUGAAAGCUUCAAUAAUAAUCGUUGAUAUUUUAUCAAAUUCGAAAGAUAAACAUGAGAAGAAGCCAAUUUUUGUCCUAUAUUCGAAUUUCAAAUUUGGAGCUCUGUCUUAACUUCCUUGGAAUUGUAAAACUUCUACUGAAUACUACAUGUAAGCCAUCGUACAAUUGCCAAGAGAGAAAUAUGAACAAGAAGAGGAGAUGUCUCCAUCUUUACCAUACUGUCUCACUGAAAAAAACAAAUCAAAGAGUAUACUCUCCGCUGUCUGCAGACUCUCUAAUCGAUUUCGUGUCUGCCGAGCGCCGAUUAUCUCCUUUCUCUAUGUUUACCAUGCUCUCCUCCCAGGAAACGGUGCGGAGCGCGAGCGAAAAAGUGGGCGUGGCUGAGGUAUCAAGCGCAAUUUUGCCCUUGCGGAAAGCGAGCAAGAGGCUUGCGUUGCGCAAAAAAGGGGAAACAUUUGAGGGCAAGGUUACGGUGCGUUCUACGUACGUGACCACGCAAAAGUAAUACGGCCAAGCGUUUUAUUUGACGUCUGUUCUCAUUUCACUUUUUUUCAAUUCAAUUUUUUUCUUUUUGUUUUUUUAUUACGGUUCAAAAGUACGUUAAACGUUGUUUCCUUGUUUGCGGGUUGUGAGAAAGUUGGAGAAGAUGAUUCUCACACUUCGUUUAUGAGCAAAUAUCUUUAAUAUGGAAUUGAAGUUUCGUUCAAACUUUUUGUUUUUGGGAUUUUUUUCUCGAAAAGAAGUAGGCAUGCUGGAAAAAGUCGGUCUCUUUUUUUCAUUGAGAUGUCAACGGUUUUUAAAGUACUUAUUUCUUCAUUAUGUGGCGAGUUUGGAACUCAGUUUUUUUCGGAAAUUCUGGCCUUUAUUCUUACAAAGUUUCCCUCUUUGUCAGAAUUUUUUUCUAUUUUUCACUGAAAAAGAAAGUACUCUCAAAUCUCAAUAAACACUAUUUCGCACCUAACAUAUUUUUGUUUUUCAGGGCAAGUCAAUCAGGUUGAUAGGAAAAAUUAAUUGAAAAAAACACAAAUAAUUUCCUAUAUUAAAGGACCUUCUCGAUCGACCCCUAACGUUAUAACUUUUAUGGGCUCUCUGUUCAGACUGACAAAAAUGUUUACACGACGAGAACCGACGCAAAAUCGCAUCUUUUUCACAAUAUCCACACUGCUGACGUUAUUCAGUUCUUUGAACUUUUUGAUUAUGGGUUCCCAAUUGGGCAGCCAGUAUUUGGUUUUUCGGCACUCAAAGCCUUACCCCAAUCGAGAAUUUUACACAUUUUGGACACUCAAAAAGCUAAAAAUAACUUCAACAUUUUCAAAAAUGCCCACUAUAAAAAAGCGGCCGACUGUUCCGGCACAUCCACAAGGUUUCUCAAACGUGUUUCAUAUUGGCACCAUGGUAGACUUUCCUUAUUUUUUUGUGUCUAAUCUCAAAAAUAAGUGCCGCAAAUCUCAAUGAAGUUCCAUGAAGUAGCUGAAUGGGAAAGUUAGGCUUCACGACAAAAUAAAAAAAGAAAUUUAAUUUUUUCUUGCUGUAAAAAUUAAUUAAAAACUUGAUUUUGUUGGAGGCUUUUGAUUGCUUGAAUCGAUUGCAUCAACUCAAAAAGUUUAAUGUUUUAUAAUUUAACGCAGGUUUUGAGCUUGGAUGGUUGGUGUUCAGCUAUUCUGUUUUACAGCUUUUUUUUUACAAGAGGAACCGUUUUUCUGAUUUUUUUUGUUAUGGUCUCUGGGCUUCUAAAAAGUGCUCUGUGUUUACAGGUCGUCUUGGCUAGGCGGAGUUUUUCAAACAGUUAUCGGUGGGAUAUUAUAAGUUAUUUUUUCAAAAAGCUGAUUUGCAGUAUUGACGUACUGAGUUGA